GUUGUUAUCAGACAUGUUGUAAACUCGAAAAAAAAUCAUUUUGGCGACCGGUGUUGGGAAUUGGGAUCCAUAGUGACUUGAAUCUAGAUUUUGGUAUUCAAUUUUCAAGUAUUCUACUUUUACAUUACGUUAGGCGACUAGGCGUUUCAACAUUUGUAAUAAAUAUGAGUUUCAUCGUUUCCAAAUGUUUUUGCAACGUAGCACGGACCUUGUCCCGCUCCAAUUACACGAGCGCCAUAAGCUUGAAAAAUCUACAUCCAAACAGUUCGUUGAAAAUUACCACACCGUCACCCGAACAGUUGUCAGUCGACAAUAAAACUUUUACGGGAUAUAUACCAGUGGAAGAGCUGGACAUCACAUACAGCACUUCUAGUGGUCCAGGUGGCCAGAAUGUCAACAAAGUCAAUACCAAAGUUGACUUGAGAUUCAAUGUAGAAUCGGCUCGAUGGCUUAAUGAAGAAGUCCGGCAGAAACUAAUUGUUAUUAAUCAAAAUAAACUGACUAAAGAAGGAUAUUUGGUAAUUCGGUCAGAAAAGACGAGGUCGCAACAACUGAAUCUUGCAGACGCUAUUGAACGUUUGCGUUCUCUCAUCUGGAAAGCUGCUGAACCUGAACCAAAGCAAUCUGAAGAAACUAUUGAAAAAAUAAGACGCAGGAUGGAGAAAGCAAAUCGCACAAGAUUAAUAGAAAAGAAAAUGAAGUCCUUGACCAAGAGUAAUCGUCAAGCACCAACAGUGUUCUAAAUAUAUUUAGUAUAUGUUGCAUAUGAAUUAUGCAUUGUUCUGUGAGGGCAACAUGAUGAUUAUUCACAUUAUUUUAAAACUUAUAUCUUAUAUUAAUAUUUAAUACAAAAUGUUAUUUGUACAUAGAA